CAUCAUCUCCGCAUCUGCCUGCAUCGUUCAGCUGUUUAUUCAUUGUUCUUAUUCUGUAUUCUGUUCUGAUAAAAAAUCAGAUAACUUUCAGACGCGGACAAGAAACGAAGGAAAAGUUUGAUCUGUUUAUUUCGAAAGUUGAAACAUGUCAGGGAAAGACAGGAUACCAAUUUUCCCUUCCAGAGGGGCGCAAACGUUGAUGAAGGGACGUCUGAAGGGAGCGCAAACUGGUCAUAGUUUACUGAAGAAGAAGGCAGACGCUCUGCAGAUGCGAUUUAGAUUGAUUCUUGGAAAAAUUAUUGAGACCAAAACUUUGAUGGGCGAGGUUAUGAAGGAAGCGUCUUUCUCUUUGGCCGAAGCAAAGUUUGCGUCAGGAGACUUUAAUCAGCAAAUCCUUCAGAAUGUAAAUCGUGCCCAAAUUAAGGUCAGAACCAAGAAAGAUAAUGUAGCCGGAGUGAGUCUUCCAGUUUUCGAGUCAUACCAAGAAGGAGGAGAUUCCUACGAGUUGACAGGACUGGCUCGAGGUGGCCAGCAGCUUGCAAAGUUAAAGAAGAACUAUCAGAAAGCAAUCAGCGUCCUAGUCGAUUUAGCCUCACUUCAAACUUCAUUUGUGACUCUUGAUGAAGCUAUUAAAAUUACGAAUCGUCGUGUGAACGCUAUCGAACAUGUCAUCAUUCCUCGAAUUGAACGAACGUUGGCUUACAUUGUGUCAGAACUGGACGAGUUGGAACGUGAAGAGUUUUACAGGUUAAAGAAGAUACAAGAUAAGAAAAAAGUUAUACGCGCAAAAGCUGAGAAGAUUGCUGCAGAAAAGAAACGCCUAGGAAAACUUGAGGAGCUAGCAGCUUCAAAUAACAUUUUUGAUGAGCACCAUGAUGAAGAUUUGCUCUUCUAAAUCGCGUGGUGUUGACGGAUAAAAAUUCAAUAUGAUGGUAUAGUGCUCAGGUUGGAGUUGUCGGGCCCUCUCAUUCCAAUUGAUGUGUUAUUUUAUAUUAAUUAUAUAAUCUCAUCAUAAAACCAGUCAUUGUAGAAUCUAUUAGAAUUAUUAGUUUAGAAUUAGUUUAGUGGAGCGUUGGCUAUAAAGAAAAUAUUUUUAGUCAUAUUAUAUGGAUCAAUUUGUAAAAUAAAUCUGAGGUUUCAAAUUCAAAAUAUCA